AUGGAGUCGUCCCCGCAGGAUUCGACGAGCGACCCGGGCAGGAGCGGCUCUGAGCCCGCCACGCCGCUCGCGGAGACGCCAGUGAGCCUGGAGACUCUGCGGGGCGGAGAGCACCUGACUCCGGCUAGGAGACACAGCAGCUCCGGCUACAGCAAAGGUGUGUCAGCAGCUGUGAAGAAGACACACACGUCUCAGAUUGAAAUCAUUCCCUGUAAGAUCUGCGGAGAUAAAUCAUCAGGGAUCCACUACGGCGUCAUCACCUGUGAGGGGUGUAAGGGUUUCUUCAGGCGGAGUCAGCAGAGUAACGCCGCCUACUCGUGUCCUCGCCAGAAAAACUGCGUGAUCGACCGGACAAGCCGAAACCGCUGCCAGCACUGCCGUCUGCAGAAAUGUCUGGCUGUGGGCAUGUCCCGAGACGCUGUAAAGUUUGGUCGCAUGUCCAAGAAGCAGCGGGACAGUUUGUACGCUGAGGUGCAGAAACACCGUCUCCAGCAGCAGCAGCAGCAGCACAGCCCAAGCCCGGGCGAGGCUGAGCGGCUGUCCCCUCACUACGGCCUGUCCUCCACGGGCCUCACAGAGCUCUCAGAUGAGCUGGGAGGCUACAUGGAACAGAACUCACCUGAGGGAGGAUCAACAGACUCUGGAGGAGGAGGAGGAGAAGGCGGAGAAGGUCGGGGGUUCUACCUGGACGUCCAGCCGUCCCCAGAUCAGUCUGGACUCGAUAUCAAUGGUAUCAAGCCGGAGCCACUGUGCGACUACGGGUCGAGUAACGGCUUCUUCCCAUACUGCUCUUUCAGCGACGGAGACACAUCACCAACCCUGUCCAUGGCUGAACUCGAUCACCUGGCUCAGAUCAUUUCAAAGUCUCACCUGGAGACGUGUCAGUACCUGAGGGAGGAGCUGCAGCAGAUGAGCUGGCAGAACUUCCUGCAGGACGAGGUGGAGAGCUACCAGAGCAAGCCGCGGGAGGUGAUGUGGCAGCUUUGUGCCGUAAAGAUAACUGAGGCCAUACAGUACGUGGUGGAGUUCGCCAAACGCAUCGAUGGCUUCAUGGAUCUCUGUCAAAAUGACCAGAUUGUGCUGCUGAAAGCUGGCUCUCUGGAGGUCGUCUUGGUCCGAAUGUGUCGGCUGUUUGAUUCGCAGAACAACACCGUCUACUUUGAUGGCAAAUUUGCAGGUCCUGACGUCUUCAAAGCAUUAGGUUGUGAUGACUUGAUCACGUCAGUGUUUGACUUUGCCAAAAGCAUGUGUUCCCUGCAUCUGUCAGAAGACGAACUGGCUCUGUUCUCAGCGUUCAUCCUGCUCUCUGCAGAUCGCUCGUGGCUGCAGGAGAAGCUGCAGGUGGAGAAGCUGCAGCAGAAGACUCAGCUGGCUCUGCAGCAUGUCCUGCACAAGAACCAGAGAGAGGACGGAGCGCUAAACAAACUCAGAUGUAAGGUGUCAGCGUUGCGUUCACUGUGCAGCCGACACACGGAGAAGCUGUCUGCGUUCAGAGCGGUUUACCCCGACAUCGUUCGGACACACUUCCCUCCUCUCUAUAAGGAACUGUUUGGAGCCGACCUGGAGCUGACGCUGCAGAGUGACGACUAACACCGACCACGAGCUCCACAGAGCUGAGCAGAGCUGAGCCUGGUGUCCACGGCCAUGGAGGACGAGAUGAUGACUCUCCACUAAGUCCACAGAAAGAGAGAGAUUUGAACUCCACAGUUUGUCUCCUCCUCCUCUCAUGGCUCUGGGUUUGCAGUGAGGAAUCAGGUGAUUUCCCUCCACCUGCAUUAAAACACAUCUUGCGUCCUGGAAUGGGACCUGAAUUCACCUCCGACACUGAAAGACACCUUCAGUUUUCACGCUGAAAGCUGCUUCUGUUUGUCCCUCAAACAACUCUCACCACAUCACUUCUUCCUCUACCUGUUAGGCCAGAGAUAUACUUGCUGUAUAAACUUGUUCGUGUGCGCGUCCUGCUGCAUCCAGCUGCGUCAUGAGCGUUUUGUACAUAUACUUGCCUAUACACCAUGCGUGUUACUGGAGGAUACCUCCAGAGGGCACAUGAGAGAGCUCAGUCGAAUACCACUACCUGAUGUGUCAGAUGUAAACUACAGACACGGUGACACUCGAGGAGGUUACUAUCAUGUUAGAGCUGAGGUCGAGGCAGAAAAGGCAACAGCAUGGUGGUAUGUAAGGCCUCUAAAUCCCGUCGAGACGCAUAGAUAUGUUCUCGAAGAUG